CUGAGGGGUAUCCUCGGGGAGCAUCCUCCAGGGGAACUCUCCAGGGAGAAACCGCCACGGCGGGUAUGGGGGAGCAACCUCUGGAGGGGCUUUCUUGGGGUGGGGGGACGGGUCUCCUCCUCCAGGGGGACAUCCUUCCGUGGGGCCUCCUGGGGACAGGCCUCCCCCGGGCGGGGCGGACGGAGCCUGCAGCCCGGGCCCGCCCCCGGCCCGCCCCCCGGCCCGCCCCCGCGCUUCCUCCCUCUUUCACUUUCGCUUCCGCCGGAGCGGGUCCCGCCGCCGCCGCCGGAGCAUGGAGGACCCGGACUGCGACUCGACCUGGGAGGAGGACGAGGAGGAGGAGGACGGCGAGGGCCGGAGGGCCGGGGUCGAUGAGGAGGGCGAGGCCGGCGCUCCGGGGCACGCGGAGGCCGAGGCGGACGCGCGGCCCAUCGCGAUCCAGCUCAAGGUGAUAGGGUCCCGAAACUGGCGAGCCGCACGGGACACACGCAGGUACCGGCACCACUACCCGGAUUUGGUAGAAGGAGAUGACAACGGGGACAUGCCCAACCUGAGUUUCUACAAAAAUGAGAUUCCAUUCCUGCCGGACGGCUGCUUCAUUGAGGACAUACUUAAGAACUGGAAGGAAGAGUACGACCUCCUGGAGGACAACCACUCCUACAUCCAGUGGCUGUUUCCCCUGCGGGAGCCGGGAGUGAACUGGCACGCCAAGCCCCUGACGCUCCAGGAGGUCGAGGCAUUUAAAAGUUCCACGGAGGUCAGGGAUCGGUUGGUCCAGGCCUGAGCUCAUGCUGGGCUUCUUCGGAAUCCAGCUCAAGGACCGAGACACGGGCCGGGUGUGCCGCGCGCAGAACUACCAGAAGCGCUUCCAGAACCUCAACUGAAACUGGGACCUCGAGGCCCCCCCGGCCCCCAAGGGCCACCCGGGAAGCCGGGCAAGGACGGCAUCGAUGGAGAAGCUGGCCCUCCCGGUGUGCCUGGGCCCUCGGGACCGAAAGGGGCCCCAGGGAAGCCAGGAAAAGCGGGAGAGGCCGGGCCGCCGGGACUGCCGGGUGUGGACGGACUGACCGGGCAGGAUGGACACCCUGGACCCAAGGGCGCGCCCGGAGAACGGGGAAGUCUGGGACCCCCAGGGCCACCUGGGCUGGGGGGCAAAGGCCUCCCUGGACCCCCCGGAGAGGCAGGGGUGAGCGGCGUCCCAGGUGGACUUGGCCUCCGGGGUCCCCCGGGACCCUCUGGACUCCCAGGCCUCCCUGGCCCCCCGGGACCACCUGGCCCUCCUGGUCACCCAGGGGUCCUUCCCGAAGGCGCGACGGACCUUCAGUGCCCGGCCAUCUGCCCGCCAGGCCCCCCAGGCCCCCCGGGAAUGCCAGGGUUCAAGGGCCCCACCGGCUACAAAGGGGAGCCAGGAGAGGUCGGCAAGGACGGGGAGAAGGGCGACCCUGGCCCCCCUGGGCCCCCUGGCAUCCCGGGCACCGUGGGUUUGCAGGGUCCACGGGGCCUACGAGGAUCUCCAGGGCCACUCGGACCCCCCGGGGACCGCGGUCCCAUCGGGUUCCGCGGGCCCCCUGGGAUCCCAGGAGCCCCUGGGAAAGUGGGUGACAGAGGCGAGAGGGGCCCAGAGGGGUUCCGCGGCCCCAAGGGUGACCUCGGCAGGCCUGGUCCUAAAGGCGUUCUCGGCAUGUCCGGGCCGGUGGGAGAGCCGGGCAUGCCGGGCAAGGACGGCCGGGACGGCCUGCCAGGACUCGAUGGCGAGAAGGGAGACGCUGGUCGCAGCGGUGCCCCCGGAGAGAAGGGUCCCGACGGGCUGCCGGGUCUCCCUGGACGAGCAGGGUCCAAGGGUGAGAAAGGAGAACUGGGCAGAACCGGAGAGCUGGGCGAGGCUGGCCCCUCGGGAGAGCCCGGUGUCCCCGGAGAUGCAGGCGUGCCAGGCGAGCGCGGCGAGGUUGGCCACAGGGGCUCCGCGGGGGCUCUGGGCCCACAAGGUCCCCCGGGGGCCCCUGGCAUCCGUGGCUUCCAGGGCCGGAAGGGCAGCAUGGGAGAUCCCGGCCUGCCGGGCCCCCAAGGCCUCCGAGGUGGCGUGGGCGACCGGGGCCCAGGCGGAGCCGCAGGCGCAAAGGGCGACCAGGGCAUCGCGGGCGCCGACGGCCUUCCUGGGGAUAAAGGAGAACUGGGUCCCAGCGGCCCUGUUGGACCCAAAGGAGAGUCCGGCAGCCGAGGGGAGCUGGGCCCCAAGGGCAUCCAGGGCCCCAACGGCACCAGCGGCGUAGACGGCGUCCCCGGCCCCCCGGGCCCCGUGGGUCUCCAGGGCGUGCGAGGCGUGCCCGGUAUCACUGGGAAACCCGGAGUCCCGGGGAAAGAAGCCAGUGAGCAGCAUAUCAGGGAGCUGUGUGGGGGAAUGGUCAGCGAGCAAAUCGCACAGCUAGCCGCGCACCUGAGGAAGCCCUUAGCGCCGGGGUCCAUCGGUCGGCCAGGUCCCGCUGGCCCCCCCGGUCCCCCGGGCCCCCCAGGCUCCAUUGGUCACCCUGGGGCUCGAGGGCCCCCCGGAUACCGCGGUCCCACCGGAGAGCUGGGAGACCCCGGACCCAGAGGAAACCAGGGGGACAGAGGAGACAAAGGCUCGGCGGGCGAGGGCCUGGACGGGCCUGACGGAGACCAAGGGCUCCAAGGACCACAAGGCGUGCCUGGCGUGAGCAAAGACGGCCACGACGGGGCGCACGGUGAGCCCGGGCUCCCUGGCGAUCCUGGCCUUCCGGGUGCUGUUGGCACUCAGGGGACCCCUGGCAUCUGUGACACCUCCGCCUGCCAAGGAGCCGUGAUGGGAGGGGGCGCAGAAAAAUCGGGUCCCAGGAGCUCCUAA